UUUAUCUGGUAUAGCCACACAUUAUGUUCCAUCACAACGAUUGCCACUUUUGGAAAAUCGGCUAAGUGAGAUUGAAUGUGAUGAACAUGAAGUUAUAAAUGCAGCAAUCGAAGAAUUUGUUGCUGAAUGUAAUCGCGAUUAUUCUUAUGCCCUUGGUGGAAAUGUCAGAAAAUCGAUUGAUCGAUGUUUUAAGGGAGACAGUGUUGAAGAUAUCUUAAAAGCUUUGGAACAAGAAAACUCAGAUUGGUCUAGGGCGACAAUAAAUACAAUUUUACAAAUGUCACCCACGAGUUUGAAAGUUACAUUGAAAGGAUUGCGUAAAGGAAAGAAUAUGGUCAUAACGGAUUGUUUUAAAAUGGAAUACGUACUUGCACAAAAAUUCUUGGAAAAGUCCGAUUUUGCGAGAGGUGUCAAGCACUUUCUUUUUGAUAAACAAAAAACGCCUCCAAAAUGGGAUCCACCAUCUUUAGAAAAAGUUUCUGAUCUUAGAUUCUAUUUUAAUCCCUCUGGCACACAAGAACUUGAACUAUUGAACAUACGUUCAUUUGAAAAUUAUCCAUUUUCGAGAUUUAGCCUUCCGUCUGAGGAAGAAAUUCGAAGAGUCGUCACCGGCGAAAUGCCUGAUUCUGGAUCAAUGAAUAGGAGUAAAGAAGAUGUUGUAGAUUUUUUCCUUAAAGAUCGCAAAUUUAAAAUUGGAGUGCGCAAGAAAGUAUUAGAAGUCUUAAAUAGAAAAACUAUUUUGUUAGGUGGACAAGAAGGAUUAGGAUGGGUGAAAGAUGAAUGA